AUGGCCGAAACCCCGUCUCCCUCCUCCGCCGCCGCCGGCACCGACGGUUCCUCUCAGUACUGGUGCUACCACUGCGAGAAGCGGGUCUCCGUUGAGACCGUCGCCAACCUCCCCGACGUCAUCUGCCUCGACUGCAAGAAUGGCUUCGUCGAAUCCAUCCCCGCCGGCCCUUCCACACCGCCGUCCAUCUCCGCCACUCCUUCCUUGAUCUCCGAUCCUUCUGAAGAAACCUUCGGAUCUCAGUUCCUCCAAAUGCUUCGCAUAAUCGCGCAAGCCGCUCGCGAGGAGCCUUCGCACCACCGCCGCGACGCUCCUCAAUCGGAGGACGAUUUCCUCCGAAUCGACCUCGAUGGAUGGGACAACGGAGGAGACGAGGCCGAGGAUGGAGAAGAAGGCGAAGAGGAGGAAGAGGACGAUGAUGUCGAGGACGUCGACGUUGACGACGAGGAAGAUCGGAGGAGGCGCCGCGAAAUUCUCCGCCUUCGAAUCCGCGAUUUCGCGACCAGAACCAGGACAGGGAGGAACCGGAUUUUGGAUUGGGCUGAGAUCCUGAUGGGACUGGAGGAUAACUCGAUCGAAUUCCGCCUCGAAGUCCCUGAGUCAGAUAGAUACAUAGGCAAUCCAGAGGAUUACGUCGAUGCGGCUGGUUACGAGGCGCUGCUGCAGAACCUAGCCGACAGCGACGGCGGAAGGAAAGGCGCUCCUCCGGCGUCGAAAUCAGCCGUGUCUGCUUUACCGGCGAUUGAGGUAACAUCUGAGGGGGAGACUUCGGUUUGCGCUGUUUGUAAAGAUAUGGUCAAUGUUGGUGAGAAGGAAACGAAGUUGCCGUGUGGCCAUGGGUACCAUGGAGACUGCAUUGUGCCAUGGCUGGGGUCGAGGAACUCUUGCCCGAUUUGUAGGUUUGAACUGCCAACUGAUGAUACAGAGUACGAGGAGGAGAAGAGGAAGAAAGGGGUAGCUGCUGCCUCUGGUGGCUGGAGAGCUUCGGCUUCUGGUGGUGGAGAUAGUUCAGGUUCCUCAAUUUGA